CCAACUCCCCUGGCACGUUAUCUGUCUACUUAGCUAUUUUCUGCUCUUUCCAGCCGCUUUCCGAAGCCUGGUAAAGGCUAUCAGUACACGAGAGCUACUGUUUUGGUCCGACCUAUAAUAUUCUAAUUAAUCCUAGUUAUCAGCCAGAUAUACGCGCGCAUUUGACGGAGUGAUCCAACCGGUACCAGUGCUUCUACUUCCUUCAGUGUGUCCCGAAGGUAGAGAGCCCACUUCAGUGAUAAAAUGUGGCCGUACUUUUCAGCCGAGGACACCGAUUCCUCGUACAGUGACGACGAGUCGGUCUGCGGGAUCUGUCAGCAGACUCUGCGGGCACCCAGGACGCUGUCCUGCCGACAUGUCUUCUGUGGAGCCUGCCUGGAUGGCCUGGAGAGUAAGCAAUCGGCGCCGCUGAAAUGUCCGAUCUGUGAAUCCCCCGCCAAGCAGUCAGCUGUAAGCUACAUUGUUCGGCAACCCGGGAAGCCGGUUGUCGGCCCGAGCCUUGUCCAGGCCCGCCGGAAAAGUUUGCCAAAGUGCUCGGAACAUCCUAAAAAGCGGCUGGCCCUGCAUUGUAAGCAGUGUGAAGUUGUCAUCUGCAAGCACUGUUUGGAGGGAUCGCACAAGGGACACAAAACGUUAUCAUUACUAGACCUGAGGUCGACGGAAAACCUGCAGGCAAGACUUGGGAAGCGAGUGGAUUCAAAACAAAGAACCGAAGACUUUCUGAGGAACCUGGAAACUGUGGAAAAAUCCGUGACAGAAAACCAUCUCCAAACUAAGCAGAGCAUCAAUGAUCAGUACGAGCUGUGGAGCAAGAAGCUGGUCGAGCGACGAGAUUUUCUUCUCCGAGAGGUGGACGACAAUCUGGAGCACAACAUGGCGGCUAUCGCCAGGGAAAGAGAGAUCGCACAGAAUCAGCUGGAGGAGCUCAACAAGAUUCAAGCCAUCAACGGAAAGGAGAAGAAACUCGCAGACAAAAGCAGAAGCAACAUGGCCAUCCCCGUUCUCCUACAGCCUUCCACUACAAGGUUUGAAGCCAGUGACCCUGAUCCCGAGGUUUUCAACAUCGGGCAUGUGAUAAUCCAUCGGCGGGACCAAGAAGUUGAAGAUGGGGAUAAGGAAAGUAACAAUUACGAUGAAGACGACGACCUCGGGUAUGGAUGCUUCGAUUCCAUCAGCAAAAAAAUACCAAAUUUCAUUAAUUGGUCUAGUUUAAAUGAUUAAAUUUAUACAGUCAUUGCAUUAUGCAUUUUUAUCGG